AUGCACUGGCAACAGAGUGAGCGGUAUCUAUCUUCGGCUUAUGAAGGUGGGGGUGACUUGUCACCGGUAGCCCCCGCAGCAUCUCCCGGCUCACCCCGCGAUUGCACUUCCUGUCGAAAACGGGAGCCUCCAGAUGAUCCACCAGCCCCCCAGCCAGAAGACGCGUGUGCCGGUUGCGGAUCCAGGAUCACGGAUAGAUAUUAUUUGCUGGCUUUAGAACGACGCUGGCAUACGCCUUGCCUCAGAUGUUGCGAGUGCAAGAUGCCCCUUGACUCGGAACAGAGAUGUUAUGCCCGUGACAGCAAUAUUUUUUGCAAGAACGAUUAUUUCAGGUUAUACGGUUCAAAACGCUGUGCGCGUUGCAACACGCCGAUAUCUGCCUCAGAAUUGGUGAUGCGGGCGCGGGAUCUGGUGUUCCACGUGCACUGCUUCUCAUGUGCACUUUGCAGUACCCCUUUGACCAAGGGCGAUACUUUUGGUAUCAGGGAUUCUGCAGUUUAUUGCAGGCUGCACUAUGAAACCAUGCCAGACUAUGGGCCUCACAUGGCAGUGCCCGGUCCUCCGCAAAUGUGUCCUGGACCUUAUUCGGGGCCGCCACCGGGACCGCACUAUCCUCCCUAUCCAUCUCCUGAAUUCGCGCCAGUUGAACCCGAUGUUCCUAAAGGACCUUUUUUCAAUGGGUCAUCUGCACCACCGCCUCGACAGAAAGGCCGCCCGAGAAAAAAGAAGCCAAAGGAUCAAGAAAUAAUGACUGCAAAUCUUGAUCUGAAUGCGGAUUAUUUGGAGAUGGGAUUCCGGGGCGGCGGAGGUCUAGGCAGCACCUCGCGCACCAAGCGCAUGCGAACUAGCUUCAAGCAUCAUCAGCUACGCACUAUGAAGUCUUAUUUCGCCAUCAACCAUAAUCCAGACGCCAAAGACCUGAAACAGCUCAGUCAGAAAACAGGUCUACCUAAGAGAGUUUUACAGGUGUGGUUUCAGAACGCUCGCGCGAAAUGGCGGCGAAUGGUGACCAAGCAGGAAAACAAAAUGGCGGAGAAAUGCUCGCCAGAUGCGUCGCUAGAGAUGGACAUGUACCACGGGCCCAUGUCUUUACCUCCUCACAGUCCUCCGUACAGCGUUAUGGGUGGUCCUCCAAGCCCCAACUCCAUGGAUUGCCCAUAG